CACACACACACACACACACACACACACACACACACACACACCCCUCAUAUAUGUAUACCAGCUGGGCCCACUUGCUGGGCCUUUCUCACGUAUAGGUGCUGUUCCAGCCAAUCAGUAAGCAUGCUUGCUUGUGGGGGCAGACAGUAGCUAGGUGUUACUUUCCUCAAAAGAGAAAGAGGUUUCUGAGGGGUGGGUCUCGGAAUAGGAUUGUCUUGGUGGGUGACAAGAAAUCAGCAGAAAGGGCUGAGAUUGAGGGCUACAGGCUUGUGGAGAGCUCUGCAUUCAACCAGAAAAAUGGAACAGAAAGUGAUUGGAUGUGGUGGGAUAUCGGUGUCAUCCUCCUGCCUCCUCUUUGCUCCAGCACAGCAAGUGCCAGGACACAUGGCCACAGCCUGUGGAGUCCCGGUACCUGUUUCCAUUGCCGUCAUGAAAUUGCUUCUUGGUGUCUUUACUGUCUGUGCACACCAGCAUUUCAGGAGUCCUGCCCAGCCCAGCAAGGCCCCAGCCAUGUCAAGCAAGGAACAGAAAGACAUGGAGAGACGUGCCAAGCGCCCAAGGGUUGAUCAGAAUCUCCCAUCAGAUGACUUCCAGAACCCAGAUGCAAUCACCCCCGCAAACAAUCCAGCAGUUGAUACCAGUGAGAUGGGCAGCUGUUCCUCAGGACCAGACGUGCAAGAGGCCAGGGAGCCUGUUCAGAAGAGGAUACCGGAUGUCAAAGGUGACGUUACUCGGUACCUUCUGGCAAAGAGGAAGCAGUUUGAAAAGGAUAUAAAUGCCUCUUUGAGCAGCCUGAAUGAAAGCCUCCAGAGUGUUUUCAAAACCCAACAGAAGUCAAGGCAGGAGCUUCACUCCAUGCACUCCCAGAUGUUUGAGUCUCUCUAUCACAAGUGGCUGGACGAGGUGGGGAGAGCAAGGGAGCAAGAAGAACACCUUACUCUUAUAGCUCAGCAGCAGAUGAAGAUUUUACAGAAAGCUAUAGAGGAUCAUGAAACCAGGAUUGAAAACGCUAAAGAUUUAUGUGACACAUUUUUGAAGGUCUGGUGGAUUGCACUUGUUAACAGAACACACCCAUUUAUGUCACACCAGGUGUCUGUAAAAGCAGAAGACAGGUUGGCCCUUUCUCAGUUUGUGGGAGAAGUAAUUAGUUUUGAAAACCGGGAUCACAUUCUCUUUGGAUUAUUUUCCCCACACAUAGGAGAAAUGCUAAGGUUUGUUUAACCUGGGAAACUGAUGACAGUGUUGGGGACAGUGUUCUAGCACGGGAGCUGGUGACUGGAAAUUUGCUUAGAAAGGAGCAUACUGCAUCGCGGUGAUGAGCUAUUAGUGACCUCUCGUGACAUUUCGAUGGAAAUUGGCAAGUCUGGGGAUCCUUCUGGUUUUCUUUGACUCGUUUGGAUUGGACAGGUCGGUAAAACAAGCAAUGGGCAAGGGUAGAUUUUAUUUUCUUUCAUGUUGAGUGUUUUGUAGUCUUCCGACAUCAGCAUUGUUCUUGAGUAUUGGUGGCCGUGUAUUUCAAGAGCUCCCCAAGAGAUGUGGGGAAUGACAAAGCUGGCAGAGGAUUAACCCUCUUUGAACUGAGAGCUGCGAGCUGGCAAUCGUACCCUUGCCGAAGCUCUAGUUCCUAAGUGACCUCUAUAUAUCCAGGAGUUGAAGCAGCCCUUCAGUGGGAAUUCUUUUGGAUGCUCUCAUUUAAAUACACUAUGAAAUAAUCUCUCCUCAUAUCUGAUUCAGAUGCCUUAACUAACGUGCUCAGUGUGCCACAGUAAAUUAAAUGUUUUCAAGAUGCUAUCGAGAAGCUAGGCCUGUCUUUGCUGAGCAAGCAUGAGUACCCCAUUUAGUACCCUAGUGAAUAUCCCCAGCAGCCAUGUGUCCUCCAGGCAUGGCAACAGGUGCCUGUAACCCCAGAGUGGUGAGGGUAGAGAGAGACACAAGGACCCCUGGGGCUUGUGGGACCACCAGUACAGCCAAAUUGGAAACCCCGUGUUUAGUGAGAGACCCUGCUUCAAAAAGUCAUGUGGUGAGCGGUUCAGGAAGGCGCC